ACAUAAGAGCGAAAUCUAGAGCGAGAAACAGCGUAAUUUGAGAGAGAGAGGAGGUCGAUGGAGGAUGACACUUGACAGGAACUUGGACUCCCAACGGUAAUGUUUCGCUUCCGAUUAGAGUGGAUGUGUUUGUUAUGCGUUUGGUUCUGUAAUUGAGAACUUGACGAUCAAGUUUUGGAUUCUGGCUCUUGGCUGAGCAACCGGAGGGGGUUCUUUCCUGCUGCUGAUCAAAAUACAUGAUCAUGAUCAACACAAAAAAAACAUACCCAAUGCCAUCUUUAAACAUGAACACAAAGCCAGUCAUAGGCUCUUUGAAAGAAGAUGGUCUUCGUGUGUGCCGAAGGUCAUGUAAGAUUUCCAAGAACCCUCUCUCUCGUUCUAGAGGUUGCCAUGAUGCUGAAGCUCUGUACAAUCAGGAUGCUUCUGUUUUUGACAAAGUGCGUGUUCUGGACCAUGGAGGAGCCGAGGAGCUCCAUGAUCAAUCAUGCAGCGAAGAAAAUGUUUCCCAGAAGUACCCAUCAAAUCAAAAUAAUACAACUGCUGUGGACAGUGUGGAGCCUUUAAUAUCCACCUGCGUGUCAAAUAUGGCCACAAUUUUUUCUCCCAUGAAGGAGUCAUCGGAUACAUACAAUAACCAAGGGACUGAAAUUCUACUGGACAGUGGAUAUUGUGAUGAUGGAAGAAGAAAUUCAAGUGAAUAUCCAGGAUGCAAUGUGUCAGAUUUCCACAUCUCUGACAUGAUUUUUUCUUGUCCAUCGAUUGAAAGAAAUUCUGAAUUUUAUAAUAAAACAGAUACAACACUCCCACUUGAUUAUUUAGCUGAAGAGCCCGGAUUAUUUUCUGAUGAAUGCUUAGAUUUGCCUUUUUUGGAGGAUAUUACAGAUUCUAGAUGUGAACUUGGUGGCAGAGAAACUCAAGAAAGCAUUGCAGAUGCUAAAAAUUUCAGCAUGGACAUGGAAAUUCAUCAAAUUAUAUCUCAGUCUCAUGACUUGGAUUCACUCAUAAAUGUUUUCCCUGAUCAAGAUUAUGAGUGCUUUGACCCUCAACUUUAUAUAAAGACUCAGGUUGACAUGCCAUCUACUUUGUCUGCAGCUCUAGUGCCAAGUGAAAAGCAAAAUACCAAAAGAAACACAUUAGUGCUUGAUUUAGAUGAAACACUAGUUCACUCUACAUUAGGUCCCUGUGAUGAUGCAGACUUCACUUUUCCUGUAUUCAUCAACAGGAAAGAAUAUAUAGUUUCUGUCAAAAAAAGACCUCACCUCCAGACUUUUCUCCACAGAGUAUCUGAAAUGUUUGAAGUUGUGAUAUUCACUGCUAGUCAAAGCUUCUAUGCAGCCCAAAUUUUACAUAUCUUGGAUCCAGAUAGCAAUGUCAUAUCAAGACGAGCUUAUCGUGAAUCAUGCAUAUUUUCAGAGGGCAGUUAUGUGAAAGACUUAACAAUAUUCGGUGUCGAUCUUGCAAGAGUGGCGAUAGUUGAUAACAGCCCACAGGUUUAUAGGUUACAAGUGGAUAAUGGGAUUCCUAUCUUGAGUUGGUUUGAUGAUCCAUCAGACUCUGCUCUAAUGUCGUUACUGACAUUUCUAGAGACUCUGGCGGGUGCUGAUGAUGUACGGCCCAUCAUUGCUAAGAAAUUCGCUUCCUUGGUUUGGCAUAUCUUUCUCUAUGUGAUAUACGUAAGUAUAAUGUUUUGUUGUGUGUUAACUAUUUACAUUGAUCUUGCUUCAUAAAAUCCAGCCUUAAAAUGGCUACCUGCCUAUAUAAGUACUAUACAACAUAAACUAUUUAUGUGCUCUUUUAUGGGUUCAAAUGCCUUAUACUGCAGGUCAUAUGAAGAUACUUAAUGGAAAUACUUUUGGUAUGUUUGAGGUUAUAUUUCUUAUCCAACUCUAAUUAACCACUAGAAUCUGGUGAUGUAUAGUUAUGCUUUAUAUAAAGCUCACAUGCAAUACGUAAUCUAUGUAUCCCGGCCGUGUUUAUCGUGGUGGUAAACUGGUACGAGAGGUAUAAACACAUAGUUUGCAAUGUUGUAUAUAUUAAUAUUGACAAUUAUCCUGUAACAUUUAUCUUUGAUUGAUCAAAACCAUUAUUUGUGUGGUUUAUUUUGGCUAUGUGCACAUUAGGCAUGAAAUAUGGUGACACAAAUCAAAUUCUGCUGGAAAUAAAUCAAUAAAUGAACACAGUAUAUAUUAUGCUUAGAUUCCAUGAAAACAAUCAUAAAGGAGCAGCUGAUCUUGUAU